UAAGUUGGAACACUUUGCUAAACAUAAACACCAAAAUAAAAAUGAGAAAAGGAACAUUUUUUGUGUUAAUCUUCCUCCCUCAACUGUUCUUACAACAAGUAGCUCUUGCAUCAUCUGAUGGAAGUGUAGCUCAUCCUUCUCUUCCUAAACAUGGCAACUGUGAUUCUGAACCUCAACAGGUACACAUCUCAUUGGCAGGAAAUGGGUACAUGAGAAUCUCAUGGAUAACAAUUUACAAAAUGGCAACAUCUGUUGUGGAAUUUGGUACAAAAUCUGGAAGCUACAAUGAAUAUAUACUUGGAGAUAAUUUUAGCUACCACUAUUAUUCAUAUGUCUCCGGUAAAAUUCACUACGUUACAAUUGGACCUUUGACGCCUAGCACUACCUAUUAUUACCGUUGUGGUGGAGUUGGAUCUGAAUAUUCCUUCCGUACUCCUCCUGCUGCCUUCCCUGCUGAAUUUGUCCUUGUUGGUGGACUUGGACAAACACAAUGGACCAAGGCAACACUUGCACGCAUUGACGAGAAAUGCUAUGACACAUUAGUAGUUGCCGGAGGCCUCUCCUACGCCGACGGUCACCAGUCACUUUGGGACUCCUUUGGGCGGUUGAUCGAGCCAUACGCUAGCAGAAGACCAUGGAUGGUCACAUCUAGUAAAUAUGAGAUUGAGGGUGUUUGCACUCUUGCCAAAGGACCUCAACCUUUCAAGGCCUUCAAUGCAAGGUGGCUCAUGCCUUACCAUGAGAGUGGCUCUGUCUCUAACCUCUACUACUCUUAUGAUAUUGCGGGAGCCCAUUUCAUCAUGCUAGGGUCCUUUGCCGACUUUGAUGCUAGCUCGGCUCAAUACGAAUGGCUUAAAGCCGACUUGUUAAGCCUCGAUAGAGUAAAGACUCCAUGGGUUAUUGUUGUGGUUAACACGCCUUGGUAUACUUCAAAUGUUGCCUACAAGGGAGAAGGCGAGUCUAUGAGGAAAGCCAUGGAGAACCUCCUCUACGUCUCUAGAGUUGAUGUGGUUUUUGCCUCUCGUGUCAAUGCAUAUGAACGUUUCGCUCGGGUUUAUGACAACAACCCAGAUCCUUGUGCUCCAGUCUACAUAACCCUUGGAGAUGCCGGCUUUAAAUCACCCUUCGAGUUUGAGCAAGCCGCGCCAUCAACUUCAUUGCACAGAGAGCUUACAUUCGGGCACGGUCGACUGAGAAUAUAUGACAGCAAGAAGGCUCAUUUUGCAUGGUAUAGGACUGAGGAUGAUUCAGAUUAUGGAAACCCUAGUGAUGAAGUUUGGCUUACAAGUUUAAUGUCAUCAGAAAAUUGUAUGAAGCUUUGUGCCUGCAGAAAGCCCUCAUGCAAAAAGUACAACGAUGAACUUUGAGUUAUGAAAUAUCAAGUGGAUUGGUUGAUUACAAUUAUAUGAGAUUGUAAUCUUUGAGAUGUUCUGUGAAUUUUUUACUUUUUGAUCGAUCUCACCCUUUGUAACUCUGUCAAAAAUCAAUCAUGCUUCUUUUCUAAUGGAUUUGGAGAUUUUAGGACUUGUGUCCCUCAAUCUGUUAUCAAAGACAUGGAGAUUGGGUUUGAUCAAUCUCACACUUUGCUUCGUUCA